UGGCCAAUCACCGUGCGCCUUCAUAUCGGUCACAAAAAUUCAAUACAGUGAGUCCUGUGUGCUGCUCAAGUCGGACCUCACGGAUAUAAUUGCAGCUCUCGGGAUUCCGGCGGGUUGUAGCUGGGCCGAAAUCAAAGCCAAACAUGGCUUCUUGGACGUGUGGCGUAAGUGGGGUAGUUUUUCUAGCCCUGCUUUUGCUGCUCGGUGUUUCGUCCCAGGACAUAGCCGCUUCCAGACGAAGAGAAUGGAUGAAGAGUUCAGCAAACUUUGUGAAGAUUUUUGAUCUGCCAUCUCUACCAAGCAACAUCUCAGAGACGCCUGGGUUCUGCCCGUAUAGACCUCUGGGAAGCCGUGGGGAUGUUGCGUAUCACUUGCGCGGGACGGAGCUACUUCAAAGUGUACCAACAGGUACCCUCUUCCCCUAUGGUAUUCCGGAAAGCUUCUCAAUCAUGGCGACCGUGAGAACAGAAAUUGAUAAUAGCGGCAAUCUCUUCUCUGUGUACAACGCCAACGGGGAACUUUCGUUAUCUCUCUCUGUGAACCCCGUUGAGCUUCAGUAUCGUACACGAAGUGGUGGAGUAAGCCGGAUCCAGUUCCAGGCGAGUCUCGCUGACGGUGAAUGGCACCGUAUUGCAAUCAGCGUAGCACGUGACCAAGUCAAACUGCUCUCGGACUGUCACCCUGAGGAAUCGCUACCGCAGUCUCUGAUAAAGAGCAAGCCUUGGGACUUCCCUUCAUAUUUCAACACAUCGGGAACCACUAUUCUUGGAAGGAGAAGAGAGAGAGGAACUGAAUUCAGGGGAGUGCUUCAUGACCUGCGGGUGAUGACCGACCCCGAGUUAAGCGACCAAUACUGCCAGCUGUUUGUACCAAACUGUGAAAUGAAGGUCCCCGAGGUCAGGGUCAGAAAGGGGCGUGCCCUCCGGCAAGGAGAUCCCCCGGGUACAGUUAUUGUUGGAAACAUAAAAUAUAUUCCAGGAAAAGACGGUCUCCCUGGACCCCCUGGAGAACCAGGACCCCCAGGUCCUCAAGGACAAAAAGGAUUCUCAGGAGAGAAAGGCCGAAGAGGCUCACCGGGACCAUCUGGUCUUCCUGGAAAGCAGGGUAUUCCUGGACCUCCUGGACGCGCGGGACCCGGUAUUGCUGUUGAAUGGCGGCGUCUUUCUAGAAGUGACACUAAAGGACCUGGCGCUCCAGUUGCGCCGGCGGUCGUCCCGCCUGCUGUGCCCGGAGACCCAGGACCACCCGGUCGACGCGGUGCUAGAGGUGUGCCAGGUACUCCUGGAUCUCCUGGGGAAAAAGGUUCCAUCGGUGAUCCAGGACCUGUGGGACCACCUGGACCAGCCGGCAUGCGAGGCACCCGUGGCAGGGCGGGAAAACGGGGACCACCUGGCAACGACGGACCACGUGGUAUUCCAGGAACACCCGGACCAAAGGGAGAUCGCGGUUUCGAUGGAAUCCCCGGACUACCUGGCCACAAAGGACCACGGGGUCUGCCCGGACCUCGCGGUGAUGCAGGAGAGAAGGGAGAGCCUGGGGCGAGAGGCGAGCAAGGGCUGGCGGGAGAGGCCGGUCUUCCUGGAGAGAGGGGAGCCCAAGGCGAACCUGGACCUAAAGGACCUCCAGGACCCCGCGGACAACAGGGUGCUUCAGGCGCGAGAGGACCACCCGGACCCACUGGAGCUCCUGGACCGAUGGGAGCUCCUGGUGUACAAGGCAUCCAAGGAAUGAGAGGACCACCUGGCCCGCCCGGUCCGCAAGGUAGCCUGGGACCUGCCGGUGCUAAGGGUGAGCCUGGCAAGAUCGGUCUUCCUGGAUUCCCUGGCGCGGAUGGGCUUCCAGGCUAUCCCGGUAUCGAAGGACCUCCUGGACCCAAAGGAGACAGGGGCCCAAUUGGACCGCGCGGACCACAGGGAUACCAAGGUGCUCCUGGUCCAAAGGGAAAUAGAGGGAAUCGUGGUACUGCUGGUUCCAAGGGAGAUGAGGGAACUGGGGGCUUCCCUGGCGAGAAAGGGGACGAAGGGCCAAGGGGAGAGGACGGCUCUGCUGGACGACCUGGCCUUCCGGGACCCGAGGGGCAAGACGGCCCUAAGGGGCGUGUUGGCGUGGCUGGUGCUCCAGGUCCCCCAGGACCUUCGGGUCCUAAGGGAGAGCGAGGCUUGCCGGGAAUGGCUGGGUAUGCGGGACGUGCUGGUGAUAAGGGCAACCAAGGCCCACCUGGUCCACGAGGCCGCGACGGCAGCAAAGGAUCACGGGGAGAGGCCGGCAAGCAAGGCCCAAGAGGACCACGCGGACGAAGGGGUCCACGUGGCGAGAGAGGAUCGUCCGGUACCCCUGGCGUCCCUGGAAAUAAGGGUCAAGCCGGUGAGCCUGGACUUCCUGGUGACCGCGGCCCAAUGGGUCCCCCAGGCCCCCAGGGAGAUCGUGGAGCACCUGGCCCGCAAGGAAUGAUGGGUUUGACGGGACGCCCAGGUCUGCCGGGAUUCCCUGGUCGACGCGGGGAGACCGGUCCCCAAGGAAAGCCAGGACCAACAGGCGCGCAAGGAAUGCCGGGACCUCGGGGACCAUCCGGAGAUCCAGGCCCUGCGGGACCCAAGGGAGACGUUGGAAGAACGGGAGCACCAGGAGAGACUGGCGUGUCAGGGGACCCCGGCAAGGACGGGCCCAAGGGAGAUACUGGAAAACCUGGUCUCCCCGGAAAAGACGGAAAGCCCGGAGCCCCUGGAAACCCGGGGCCGAAAGGCGUUAUGGGACCACCGGGACCUCCUGGUCCAAAAGGGGUUGAAGGUCCCGCCGGAGCGAUUGGCCAAACAGGCCCUAUGGGACCACGUGGUGCCGCCGGUCUUCCUGGACCACAGGGAGCUAAUGGCAUUCCUGGCCGCGCUGGCGACGCAGGAAAACCUGGAGAGAAAGGUAGCAGGGGCGAGGAGGGCCCGCGUGGUGAGCCUGGUCCAGCAGGCAAGCCUGGAGAGCCGGGAAAAGCCGGACCGGACGGCCCACAAGGACCGCCUGGAGAGGACGGAGAUAAGGGAGCGCAAGGUAUGCCGGGCCAGCCUGGAAAGAAAGGAGACAGAGGACCAAAGGGACCACCAGGACCAGCUGGACCCAUAGGCAACCCCGGCAAGCCUGGACCAGCGGGACCACCUGGUGAACAAGGUCCCCAAGGCCCCAUGGGACCCCGUGGUGAAAAAGGCCCUGACGGCAAUCGCGGACCCCCUGGUCCCUCUGGACAGCCUGGCGUUCCGGGCGUGCCGGGACCACGAGGAGAGAAAGGUGACCGCGGUGCUCCUGGUCCAGCGGGCCCAACCGGACCUCAAGGCCCGCGUGGAUUACCAGGCCCCGCAGGACCAAAGGGUGAGCAAGGCCAGAAUGGCGAAGCAGGAACGCCCGGACAACAGGGCGAGAAGGGAGACCGUGGACCGAAAGGUGAUCUUGGAGCUGCUGGUGUCGCUGGGACCCCUGGACGACCGGGAGAGCCUGGGCAAAAGGGCGCCCGCGGAGACCCAGGACCACAGGGUGUGCAAGGGGCCCGUGGACCCGCUGGGUCCCCUGGGGACAAAGGCCCAAGUGGACCUCAAGGGCCUAUGGGACCCCCUGGACCAAUGGGACCUCAGGGACCAAAGGGAGCGCGUGGUAGUAACGGCGAGGACGGGCAACCCGGCAAACCUGGACCCACGGGAGCUCCAGGAGCGCGUGGUGAGGACGGACCACCUGGCCAGCCCGGAAUCAAGGGUGAGACCGGCCCCAAGGGCUACCCCGGCAAGGAUGGCGAGCCAGGCGACAAGGGUGACCGUGGAAGCACUGGACCCGAGGGACCUGUUGGUCCUCCAGGACCACAGGGUCCUCCUGGACUCCGUGGUCUUCCUGGCGAUCGCGGUGCUGCUGGUGCCCCUGGUGAUGUUGGACCACAAGGAGUGCAGGGACCACCGGGAGCACGAGGACCAACCGGACCAAAAGGAGAGAAGGGUAGUCAGGGGACGCAGGGCGAGAAGGGAGACAAGGGUUGGCCAGGAUUUAUCGGCCCCACCGGACCCGCCGGUCCUCAGGGAGAGAAAGGCGACAUCGGACCUACUGGACCACGUGGACAUCCGGGUCUUAAAGGGAAUAAGGGCGAGGAUGGGCCGGUCGGACCGUCUGGACCUCCUGGGCCGAUGGGACCUAGGGGCCGCGCAGGAAACACCGGAAACAAAGGAGACAGAGGCCAGCAGGGCGAGCAGGGAGAUACAGGCCCAAUGGGACCACCUGGGCCACCGGGACCACCUGGUGAUGUUGCUGGUAUGCUGCAAGGCUACUUGCGCCCUGCCUUGUCACGUGAUAAGGGAGAUACUAGGAGAAAGCGAUCAUUACCGGAAGAGCAUGGUGACGAGAUGGGUGAUCACGUGCUCAACAUUGAAAAGCUCCGCACUCAGAUCGAAGAGAUCAGACGCCCUGAUGGAUCCGUGUCCAAUCCGGCCCGAACAUGUAAAGAUCUGAAAAUGUGCAAACGAGCAAACAAAGACGGUCGUUAUUGGAUCGACCCCAACCACGGAUGCUCCGAAGACGCCAUUGAGGUGUUCUGUAACUUCACAUCUGGAGGCGAAACCUGUAUUCACCCAGACAAAAGGACAAGAACGGGCGAGCGCAAGCACUGGUCGAAAGUCAAGGGGGCGGAGUGGUUCAGCGAAUACAAGAAUGGAUAUGAAAUAUCGUACAAGUCCGUCGGUAAAACACAACUGAACUUCCUAAGACUGUUGAGUGAGCGAGCCGUACAGAACUUCACUUACUACUGCAGCGGUUCUAUCGCUUGGUAUGACAAGCUAACCAAGUCGUACGGGCGAGCCAUUCGCCUGCAGGGAGACAACGACGAAAUAUUCGGCUACGAGCGCAACAGAUUCAACAUCAAAGUUCUUCACGACGGCUGCCAGAAUAAACAAGACGGUAAAGCUGUAUUCCAAGUCGAGACGGAAGACCUCAACCAAAUGCCUAUUGUGGACUUUUCACCCGGAGAAAUGGAGGAAUCCUCGGAGUUCGGUUUCGAAGUCGGACCCAUCUGCUUUAGUUAGUUUCACCGAGAUAGAGACUCACUCUCAUUAAAAUUAUUUUAAUUCCUCGUUUAGUUUCCGACGCCCCUUUCUUAUAUAAUUAUAGAUAUAUAUGCAAAUGGAUCCCUUCACUGUCAGCUAUUAUAAUAAACGGUCCUGUAUUAAAGUGUACAGUGUUGGCGCCGUUAAAGAUUUUUAUCCAUUCCAUUUGUCGCUUAUUUUCCCGCCAUUUUCGAUCAACGCCAAGCGCGCGCCCGACGCAUAUAGUUUUGGCGGGAAGUUUGAUAAAAUCAAAAAAACAUUUCUGAGCAAAACAAACUUUAAAUUUUAGGGCUAGCGUUAGUUUUACCGAUAUGGUUGUGCGUAUUUUAAUUAGUCGUUCGAAAAGGUGUUUCAGUAAUUGUGAAUAAAUAAAAUAUAGAUAUUAACUAUAUUUGUUCAGAAAGUUUGUUCGACAAAAUGAUAUUAAACGAGCAUCUUCUGGG